UUAAUGUUUUAUUUCUUAUCUUUACUUCUGUAAUUUUAGACUACAAAUUUUUAUAUAAGGACUUUAGCUUUAAAUUUCACCCAGGAUUUGUUAUACAUUUACAUUUGAAUUUAAUUUCAAGACACAAUAAGGAUCUUUAUUUGAUGAAUAAACUGAUGUUUACAACACAACAGCUCAGACCGGUGCUGUGUAUGCCUGAUAAUGACCUAUGAAAUGGUCGAAACAUGUUGCGUCUCUAAUGAGCGUAAUAAAAGCAAAUGUUGAUGCAGUAGUAUCUUCUUUGUUUUGAACGUUAAUUGUUGUUGUGUAAACGGUGUAUUCCAUGCUUUAUAUGUCUUAGUUAUAAUUUGUGUAUUGUUUCUUGCAGUAUAAAUUGAAAGAAAGAAAUUACGCUUUGCCCCUGGUUGCUUGUCAUCCAACUUUUUCAGGGAUUCAGAACAAUAUGUCUGUUUCAUGAUGUAAUGACUUUAUUAUGUGUCACUUAAUGCAACGAAGGAAUUCAGUUUAGCCAACGUCCGCAUUAGAUUUAUUAAUUGCAGCACCUGCACCAUUUUUGUAAUGUUUGUUAAUGAAUUAUUUAUGGAUUUUGAGACAGUAUAUUCUGCUCUUAAAGGGUUUUGGUAUGGGCUAGAAGAAUUGGGACAUCCUGCACUAUUAAUUCUACAAGAAUGCUGUACAAUAAACAUUUUUGCAGCAGACAUUUCUCAGAAAGUGAUUUAUCUACAGCACAAAGGGUACACUUUGUACAUGUGGCCCAUAUUCUGCUGCUCAGUCACUCCCACAACCUCCCAAACCUUCAUUACAUAUGCUUUUCUUUGAUCCCUUGCCUUCAGUUUCAAGUCCUGAAGAUGACCUGUAUGACCGGUCUCCCUCCAGAAACUGUAGCAAGACAUUGGUGCCCUCUGCUGUACAUUUGUUCCUGUCUAUGCAGAUAGUUCUUCUGCUUCCUGUCAGAUGUCUGCAGUGCAACCAUCACCAACAGCAGCCAGCACCUUUGCAGUGAAAGAAACCUCCUUUCCUCUAAGCUCUGUGGGUGCUGCAGUGAAUACCUGGCAACAACUAUGUUUAUUGAUGAGGAUGACAACCUCUUCGAUAAUUUCAAUGGUGGAACAUGUGUUGACCCAAUGAAAACGCUGCAUUGCCCACUCACUGAUAACAGCCCCCAUAUAGAUCAAUGGAAGAGGUAAAGGAAGUGAAAAUGACACGAUGGCAGUACAGGCUAUGUUAAUGGAGCAGGAGCUAGAAGAGAAGAUGCAGUACUUACUGAAUAAUUGCAUCCAGUAUCAUCAAGCCAUUCUGAGCUUUGUGGAGAAGUUGGAAGAUUUUCUGAAACCCGUCAUGCUAGUACAGCUACUUGGUAGCAUGAUGGCCUUCUGUGUGAUGGGCUUUCAAAUGUCAGUGAUUCCGAUUCACACAGAGAGCACCAAAUUUGCGAAGUUGUUCAUCUCACUUAUAUCAGCCCUCAUUGAACAAGGAAUGUUCUAUUGGUUUGGAGGUGAACUGCUGGAAGAGAGUUCACAGAUUCUAAAUGCUGCAUAUCACUGUGAGUGGCACACUGCAAAUAGUAAAUUCAGGAAGGACUUGCAUAUUUUAAUGGAGAGAGCCAAGAGACCAGUGAAGCUGACUGCUGGUGGUUUCUCAGCAUUGACUCUUGAAAAUUUUACUAAGGUGGUUCAGUCAUCUUACCAAUACUUCACUAUGCUCAAGGCAGUGAAUGAUGAAGAUACCGAGUGAUAUUUACGGCUCACAGUAAUGAUUCAGCUGUGUAUAAAUUCUUUAACCUGGAACACAUCUCCUUUACUCAUGGCUGCAGCCAGGAUUUUUUUCUAAGGGGUGGUAGCUAAUUUUCUU